AUGGAACGUCCAUUUUCUCUUCCUGAUGUUGUCUAUACUAGGCAUUCACCUCCAAGAAACCUAUCUCUGCAAAGGAGCUCUAAACUCAAGCUGCAACCCUGUUGAGAGAAGUGCUCUGUUGGAGUUCAAACAGGGCCUCAAAGAUACUGUUAACCGGUUGUCUUCUUGGACGGGUGAAUAUUGCUGCACGUGGGAAGGUGUGGCAUGCAGCAGUCGCACCGGACAUGUGAUAGAGCUCGACCUUCGCAAUCCACACCCUUUUGACAACGAGUGGAUUUUAGGAGGUGAGUUGAAUCCUUCGUUACUGAGUUUGAAGUACCUUAAGCACCUUGACCUGAGCGGGAACAAUUUUGGAGGAGCUAAUAUUCCAAAUUUUAUGGGUUCGUUUUAUCAUCUUCAGUAUCUCAACCUCUCCAGUACCGGGUUGGGUGGACUCCUCCCUCGACAACUUGGCAACCUCUCCAAUCUACAAUAUCUUGACUUGUACAAUGAGUUCGGUUCCAAUUUUGGUGCUCAAAACCGUGAAUUUAGAAUUGAUGAUGCACUCUGGAUUUCUGGGCUUUCUUCUUUGAGGCUUCUAAAUAUGGAGAAUGUUAAUCUUAAGAACGUUAGUAAUUGGCUCCAAGCUCUCAAUACUCUUCCUUCCAUUGAAGAGAUCCAUUUAUCUUUGUGUUAUAUUGAAGCCGUCCCACUCUCUCUCCCACAUGUAAACUUCACCUCACUUGCUUUUCUUGAUUUGUCUUAUAAUUCUAUUGGCUCUUCAAUACCCACUUGGUUAUUCAAUAUAAGUGGCCUUCAAUAUCUUGACCUUAGUUAUAACCUCCUUACUGGUCCUAUUCCAUCCCUCUUUGGAAACUUGCCUUCUCUCAACAACCUAAAUUUAGCUCACAACUAUUUGAUAAAAGGAGGGAUACCUACUUCAUUGAUGAAUCUAUGCAAGCUGCAAAGUUUAAAACUGUCAGGCAUCAAUAUCAGCAUGGAUUUGUCGGAGUUUGGUGCUUUAUUUUCAGGGUGCAUCAAAACAAGUUUAGAGAUUCUUGAACUGUAUAACACUAACCUGAUUGGCCAAUUACCUGAAUUGCUUUGGGAACUCAAAAGGCUUAGAUCACUUGAUUUGUCUGAAAAUCAAAUUUCUGGCUCCAUUCCUGCAUCUCUUGGACAACUAGUUUCACUGGAAGAACUUUAUUUAGAUGACAAUCAACUUAAUGGGACUAUACCAGAAAGUGUAGGGUGCUUAUCAGAGCUAGUUGAUUUGGACCUCGGUUCAAAUUUCUUUGUGGGUGAAAUGUCAGAAGCACAUUUUACUAAUUUGAAAAAGUUGAAAUAUUUGAGCUUGUCAUCAAACUCCUUGGCUCUAAAAUUUGAGCGCAAUUGGCUUCCUCCUUUUCAACUUGAGUCAAUUAGGAUGAGCUCUUGCAUCUUGGGUCCUGAUUUCCCAGGAUGGCUCCAGAAGCAAGAAAAUAUGGUAUUCCUUGAUAUGUCAAAUGUUGGUAUUGUCGAUGCUAUGCCAGACUGGUUUUGGAGCUUGAUUUCUGGAGCAUGGCAUGUGGAUAUUUCUAGCAACCAAAUCAGUGGCAGAGUACAUAAUUUAAUGCAUUUUAAAAAGCUAAUUGAAUUUGAUAUAAGUUCCAACAACUUCAGUGGUCUUCUUCCAUAUUUCCCUCGUGGUUUGGAAGUACUAGACGUCCACAACAAUUUAUUCUCGGGGCCAAUUCUCCCUGCAAUCAUCAUGGGUAUGCCAAAUCUCAAUUACUUAUCGCUCUCCAGAAAUAAUUUUACUGGUACUAUUCCCUCGCCAUUGUGCCACCUUCAACAGUUGGUCGCCCUUGAUCUUUCCAACAAUCUCUUGGCAGGAAAAUUACCUGAUUGUUGGAAUCGCUCUUCGAGACUUACGGUGUUUGAUGUUUCAAGAAACAGUAUAUUUGGAGGGAUUCCUAAAUCAAUAUGUUCACUUUCAUCACUUAAUUCAUUGCACCUGAGCAAUAACAAUCUAUCUGGAGAGCUCCCUUUGUCCUUAAAAUAUUGUCGACGACUAGUCAUUCUUGAUCUGGGGUAUAAUGAGUUCAAAGGUGAAAUACCAACAUGGUUAGGAGGGAGUCUUAUCUCACUCCGAGUUCUCAGAUUGCGAUCCAAUAAAUUGGUUGGAAAUAUUCCACCCAAUCUUUCAUUACUGAGUAAUCUCCAAAUCCUUGACCUUGCAGGAAAUGAGCUCUCAGGCACCAUUCCAAAAAGCUUUGGAAACUUUGAUGCCAUGAAAGUCAUUAUAAAAAUUCCUAUUUGGUUCACGUAUGUAUUUGAAAGUGCUUAUAAGGAGGGCAUGCCAGUGUCGACGAAAGGAAAUACUCAGGAGUAUGAUGAGCUGAUUUCGCUUUUAUUCAUAAUGGAUCUUUCAAACAAUAACCUAAUUGGUAAAAUCCCUACUGAACUAAUGAACCUAUGGGAAUUGUUCAGUUUGGAUUUAUCUGGAAAUCAUUUAACAGGAGAAAUUCCAGAAAACAUCAGUGCAUUACAACAAUUGGAGUCUCUGGACUUGUCAAGAAACAAUUUAUCUGGAGGAAUUCCUUCUAGCAUGGCCCAUAUGUCAUCUUUGGAGUUUUUAAAUUUGUCCUAUAACAACUUAUCAGGGGAAAUUCCACUUGGUGAUCAGCUUCUAACAUUCAGUGAUCCAUCAGUCUACAUGGGAAAUCUUGAUCUUUGUGGGUUCCCUCUGAAUCGAAGUUGCAAGGGCAGUGAGACAUCACAAACUCCAAGUCGCAUAAAUAGCAAGAAUGAAAACGAAAUGAUCUGGUUUUACGUGAGCUUUGCACUUGGAUUUCCUACUGGAUUUUGGGCAAUUUGGUGGGCAUUGCUACUGAAGAAGAAUUGGAAGAUUUGCUAUUUCAGAUUUAUCGACAACACAUUUGACAAGGUUUAUGUGUGCAUUAUGAUGAACCUUCGGAAAUUUGCUUUGUAAUAGGUCAUUAUCGUUUUAUUCGGUUCUAAUUGUUAUACAUCAAUGAUAGGCGGUCCUUUUUUUUUGAAUUGAUCCGAAC